AUGGGACACGUAGACAAAAUCGAGCAGGCCCUCAAGAGCCUGGGUGUCCCGGGCGUCAAUGGUGUCUCGUUGGCACAUCUUUCGGGGCAUCUACGCAGGCUUAAGCCGUCCGACAUGACCCAACGCCAACUCCUUGACGUGUAUAUUCUAUGGCUACACCGACGCCUUUUGAAUAUCGAUUCUUCGGCGGCCGGCGACUUGUCUCGGGAGGUCGCCGACUGGCAUCGGUUUAUGAGGACUUUGCCCGCCGAGGAUGGACGUAUCCUCGAAGCAUUGCGCCACUGGAAGAGCGCUGAUCAAGUUGAAACCGGAUCCAAUUCACCGAGGCUCGAGUUCGCUGAGAUUGAGUUGACGAGGUUGUCGAUGCCGUCACUCAAACACCAAACCCCGAAGUUAGAGAGCCGCUUCGGUCAGAUGCACCCUGACAGAGCCAUGAUGUCGCCCAACGCUGCGGCUGGCAUUGACGGUGGCCAUGAUGGCGACGAUGAUGAUGGCAGCACCGCCUUAGCCCUUGGCAGCAAGUUGACGAGGCACGACAAAAACCCUCCCGGACAGGACUUGUCGUUUCUAACAGGAUCCAACACGCUGCCUAUGAGAAAAAAGGCCAAACCUGCUCGAAACAAAGCUUGCCAUGGUCCGAAGUCAAACGGCGUUUCCAAGUUGAAGGAAAACAGCAAAUCGAAGUUGUCGGGGCAGGACAAACUAGCGCUGGAAUCCGGCUCCACGGCACCCGUUGCCUCGAUGAACCAAGAAUAUACUGGUCCUGGCACUGUUCCGGAAUCGUAUGUGUGUCGGCGCUGCUCUCAAAUGGGUGAUCACCACGUGCGAGACUGCACAAACAAGGGGGGUGCUCCCCCCGAGGACACGAAGCCUAACCGCCCCUGUGGCGGUUGUGGGAAGAAGAAUGCGUCUCGCACGAAAAGAUGUCCCAUGAAGCCGAAACCCAAAGCCGAGCAAGGGAAUAAUACCUCUUCCCCUGACCAGGGUUCGAUCAGCAAGACUUUCCUCGCCCGGGAUAAGGGUAAUCAGCAGAACCGCGAUGAGCCCCUCGAGAAACUAUCUCGACUCCGUAUUUCACCGGCGCUAAGUGAUACUCGCAAACGACGGGCAUCUCCUCCAUUAUUCCCCGCGGAUAAGGGCGUCUGGAAGAAGAAGUAUCGCACCUCAAACCCACCGGGCGAGACGGCGGCCAUGACUUGGCUAGGCGUACAGGAUGAUGGUACCAUUAUCCAGCCAUCGAAUCCUAACGAAGGGCGGCUUUCCUAUGACGACGAUAUUGAUCCCAAUUGGCCGCAGUCAUCGCCUGGUCGUGUGAAGGGGGACGCCUCCGUGUCGGCCAACAUCGAGGUGGAUCCUUCAAAGGUGUUGUCCACUCAGGAUAACAAGAGCACCGCUGUUAACCCUCGUAAACUUUCCAUACCCCGCUGGAAGAUACUGAAGGAAAAGUUGCUUGCUCAACGCCAUGAGCGGUUCAAGGCCGGCCUGUCAGUAAUGAUCCGGGAGGAAAGUCUCAAGAGGGAUCUCAUUCUGGUUGUCGACGGCGUGGAACACUACCCCCUCAAGGACCCUUUUCUAGACGAGUUCUUCCGUCGACAAGACACAAUUUGGGUCAACAAAAUUCUCCAGACGAAGCGGCUCCGUGCUACGGAUUUCUACGAAGUCGAUGAUUGGGACUCAGACUUGGAAUCGAGAGAGAGCGGGGAGAUAUCAGAUGACCCGGUGGAAGACCAGUAUUCUACUGCCUGUGCCGACGUUUACAUGGGUGAUGCUGAGUUCUCACCAGCUGCCGCCAUGGGCGGUUUGACGGGUGGCCACCAGGCGACACAACGGAGUGACGAUGAUCUUGCCACUGGAAACACCGCUAGCGGGUUCUGCUAG